UUUCUUUUUUUAUGAGUGUGUGUGUGCGUUACCCCCUUUGCAAGGAUUCACCUCCCCUCCAGUCUGUUACUUCCUAAAGAUCUACAUGGAGCUCGGCAGAGGAACGGCGACUCUCUGAGGGGGAAUACAGUCCGGCUGCCCUUUUUUUAAUGAUCUUCUUCUCCAAACUGCGCCCGGAGCAUGGUUAUUUUGGAGGAAAGUUGCAACAUAUAGAGGAGGAGGAGGAGGAGGGGGAACGCGAAAAGGAAACUGUCUUUUAAAAAAGAAAAACUGCCAUUUGAAUGAAAUAAUCCCCUUUUUCUUCGGGACUGCGAUGACCUCCAGUAAAGACAUGAAGGCAGGUUCUGUGUUGCAGUCCGGCGGCGAGGAGAGGAGACGGGCUCCCCUGGACCAGCUGCCGCCGCCGGCCAACUCCAACAAGCCGCUGACGCCGUUCAGCAUCGAGGAUAUCCUUAACAAGCCCUCCGUGAAGAAGUCGUCGGUGGCCAGUAUUUGUCCGCCCCGGGUUCUGGAGAAAGUCUCGGGCUCCAACGCCGCGCGGAACGGGAUCACCACUCCGUCGUCGCCGCUGUGCGCGCUGGAGGAGCUCGCCAGCAAAACGUUCAAGGGGCUGGAAGUCAGCGUGAUCCAGGCGGCAGAAGGUCGCGAGCACGUCAACGCGUUCGGCCAGAGGCAGACGUCGAAGAAGAGGAGGAAGUCGCGCACGGCCUUCACCAACCACCAGAUCUACGAGCUGGAGAAGCGCUUCCUGUACCAGAAGUACCUCUCGCCGGCGGACCGGGACCAGAUCGCGCAGCAGCUGGGUCUCUCCAACGCGCAGGUCAUCACCUGGUUCCAGAACCGGCGGGCCAAACUCAAGCGGGACCUGGAGGAGAUGAAGGCGGACGUGGAGUCGCUGAAGAAGAUCAACCCGCAGACGCUCCAGAAGCUCGUGAGCAUGGAGAGCAUCGAGGAGGAGGAGGAGGGGGCCGGGGGGGCCCUCCCCCCCGAGGGGAGCGACCAGGGACCCGAGGCCCGGUCGCCCAGCGUCUCCCCGACCUCCCAAGGACACCGGGGGGCCUUCCCGCAGUCGCCCUCCUCCUCCAGAGACCAAACCACGGACGAGUUCUCGGAGGACGAGGAGGAAAUCGAGGUGGACGAUUGAGAGAGAGAGAGGGGAGGGGGGGGGGGUGGGGGCUGUGGUUUUCAUAAGCAACAACAAAACAACAAAAAAGAUUUUUUCUUCCCGAACUUUUUUUGCACGGAUGUUAAAACACAAGAAAAAAGGGGAAAAAGGAGAAUAUAUACAUUGAAAAACAUUUUUAAAUUUUUUUUAAUUCCUCCUCCUUUCCUCCUAUUUUUUCUUCUUCUUCCUCUAUUUUUUAAUUGAUGCAUCGGACUUGUCGUUUGUGUUUCUCCGCCGUAUUUGAGGAAUAUCCGGUUUUCUUUUCAACUGUUCACGGUUCAGUAAAGACUGGAAAAAAGAAACAUGUCCGUUUUUACGAGGGAGGGAAAGUUGUGCAAUUAUUGUUGCUUAUAUCAUUUAUUCGCAUUCUUCUGUUAAAGGAAUUGGAUCUGCCAAAUAUUUAAAUCACACAUUGUUUUUUUUACCGGAGUCGAUGUGUCACUCCAUCCCUUCCUGAACGUGUAACAUUAAUAUUUCUUCUUCUUCUUCUUCCUCUUCUUCUUCUUCUUCUUCUUCUCUGAGCACCAUGCCGGCCCGGGCGCGUCACUCAUCAAAUAUCGACUGCACACUUCUUCUUCUUCUUUUCUUUCUUUUUUUACACACUCUGAGUUCUGUACAUACAAAUCAAAACAUCCAUUAUGCGAUAAUUUUAUUGUAACAUUCUAUUUAAUCAGCAUCUAUGUAAAUAAAGGUG